AUGUCACAGUUCUCUUCUCCUAGCUAUGCUGCAAGUAGGUACGAUGCUAAUAGACCGGAGUGUCCCCGGACGGUUCUAAACAAGGUGGUUGACUACUAUAAGAUAGCCGCCAAGGUCAAUGGUACGGGGUCUUUGUUGGUGGAUGUUGGAUGUGGGUCAGGUAAUUCUACUAGACUGCUGUACUCUCAUAUGGGAAGUCUCGGUGGGUCACCGUUGAUCGAUCGUUUUGUGGGUUGUGAUGUCUCGCAGAAAAUGAUAUCGUUUGCAAAGGCAAGUGUAAGAGAGAUGGGUCUUGAUUCAUCAUUAUCGUUCGAUGUUAUCGAUUAUUUAGAGUUGCAAAAUAGAUUUGAUGCAAAUUCUGUUGAAAUUUUAACAUGUAUGGAGUCAGUACAUUGGUUCACUGACAUAGAGUCAUUUUGGGGACAAUGUCACCGUAUACUGAAAGACAAGGUCGGGGUGUUAGCCGUAUGGGGUUAUGUAGAUCCUGUGAUUCUUGAAUAUCCACGCUUAGACGCCAUUUUUGAGGAUUUGACGUACGGAAAUAAUAAACUGGGUAACGACUGGUCUCAACCAGGUCGUACUUUUUUAAAAAAUCUUUUAAAGGAUAUCAAGAUCGAUAACCAAUCAUUCACAGAUAUUGAAGAAAAUGUCAUUACAGUGGAUCAAAUUAGAAAAGCAGAGAAUCUGGAGACAUUGGGCUAUGUUCUGAAAAGAAAAAUGAAAUUACAAGAUUUAAAAGACUAUUUUAAGACUUAUAGCAGUUACCAUUCUUGGAAGUUAAGGAACUCGGAAGGAAUUUCUGAUAUAAUUGAUCAAGCAUUCGAACUUAUAUUAAAACAAGAAAAUACUUUAACAAUGGACGCUGAAGUUACUGUCAUUUGGAAUUCUACUUAUAAAUUAGCAAGAAAGUAUUAA